AUGCUCCAAACAUAUCGAUACAUGGAUAUACCGUAUCCAUACCGUACACCCAUGUAUAUGUACUGCAUACAGUAUACACGUGUACAGUGCAGUGCUCUCCUCAAUACACGUGUGUACAGUAACAAUGAUAAUGAUAGUAAUAGUAAUGAUAAUGAUAACAAUAGCAAUGAUAAUGAUAGUAAUAGUAAUGAUAAUGAUAACAAUAGCAAUGAUAAUGAUAGUAAUGAUAAUAAUAGCGAUGAUAAUGAUAGUAAUGAUAAUAAUAGCAAUGAUAAUGAUAGUAAUGAUAAUAAUAGUAAUGAUAAUGAUAGUAAUGAUAAUGAUAGUAAUGAUAAUGAUAGUAAUGAUAAUGAUAGUAAUGAUGAUAGCAAUGAUAAUGAUAGUAAUGAUAAUAAUAGUAAUGAUAAUGAUAGUAAUGAUAAUAAUAGUAAUGAUAAUGAUAGUAAUGAUAAUGAUAGUAAUGAUAAUGAUAGUAAUGAUAAUGAUAGUAAUGAUAAUGAUAGUAAUGAUAAUAAUAGUAAUGAUAAUGAUAGUAAUAGUAAUGAUAAUGAUAACAAUAGCAAUGAUAAUGAUAGUAAUGAUAAUAAUAGUGAUGAUAAUGAUAGUAAUGAUAAUAAUAGCAAUGAUAAUGAUAGUAAUGAUAAUAAUAGUAAUGAUAAUGAUAGUAAUGAUAAUGAUAGUAAUGAUAAUAAUAGUAAUGAUAAUGAUAGUAAUGAUAAUGAUAGUAAUGAUAAUGAUAGUAAUGAUAAUGAUAGUAAUGAUAAUGAUAGUAAUGAUAAUGAUAGUAAUGAUAAUAAUAGUAAUGAUAAUGAUAGUAAUGAUAAUGAUAGUAAUGAUAAUGAUAGUAAUGAUAAUGAUAGUAAUGAUAAUAAUAGUAAUGAUAAUGAUAGUAAUGAUAAUGAUAGUAAUGAUAAUAAUAGUAAUGAUAAUGAUAGUAAUGAUAAUGAUAAUGAUAGUAAUGAUAAUGAUAGUAAUGAUAAUGAUAGUAAUGAUAAUGAUAGUAAUGAUAAUAAUAGUAAUGAUAAUGAUAGUAAUGAUAAUAAUAGUAAUGAUAAUAAUAGUAAUGAUAAUGAUAGUAAUGAUAAUGAUAGUAAUGAUAAUGAUAGUAAUGAUAAUAAUAGUAAUGAUAAUGAUAGUAAUGAUAAUGAUAGUAAUGAUAAUGAUAGUAAUGAUAAUAAUAGUAAUGAUAAUGAUAGUAAUGAUAAUAAUAGUAAUGAUAAUGAUAGCAAUGAUAAUGAUAGUAAUGAUAAUGAUAGUAAUGAUAAUGAUAGCAAUGAUAAUGAUAGUAAUGAUAAUGAUAGUAAUGAUAAUGAUAGCAAUGAUAAUGAUAGUAAUGAUAAUGACACUUCUAACAACCAUUCUAUUCCUUUCCUUAUCAUUUAUCACUAUCACCACUGCAAAUCAAUAUAUCAUCCCAUUGCACUAGUUUGCUGCAAAAAAUUUUUGGAAUUUCGAAAUUUAUUUUUCGCUACUACAAAAAGAAUCUAA